GAGCGCGGGGACGGUUUCAAGGCGCCCGCGGGGUCCCAAUCGUAGAAAAACAAAGCCUCAGAUAACAACAAAACUCUUAUUUAACGCCUUUUAAAACACCAGGAUCGAGUUAAAUUAGUGAAGGAAGACUACAGGGAGAGAGUCUGGGCGUUUUCCGCGUCUCUCUGAGGCCUUACUGCCGAUGUUGUUUAUCUGUAGUAAGGGGGGGCUUGAAACCGGCCUUCCCUUGCCCCAUUUCCUCGGUUGUUUUCCUUCUCUCGCCUGGAUUCUCCAUGUUGUUGGUGCAAGAGUGAAGACUUCGCAGCGACGGGAGAGGGGGGCUGCUCGGUGAUAUUUCCACUCAUAGUCAGCUGUAGACCCGAGACUACAGAGCUGGGAGACCCACGAACACCCUCUGAACACACAGACAAGUGCCUUCCCCCCUUUUCUCUGAGGAAAGAAGAGGAAUCCAGCUCUCAUCGAGGACUGUAACUGAGGCGGAGGACAAGUUACCUCGGUGAAUAAUUGAGUCCACUUGUCCAUAGAAGCCAAUGAGGGAUGCCCAUCAGUGCGCGCGGACUGGAUUUGAGGAUUUUGAGGGCUCUGUGAUUGUCAGAUGGAAAGUUCUGUUAUCACCCAAGUGCAGAAAGAAGACCAAGUCCAAGUGUCCCCGAAAACAGGCCAGGUGAGCCGCUCUGCCCUGAAACAGCCUCGGAGUUGUAACAUCUUCAAAGCGCUCUUCUGUUGCCUCCAAGCUCAGGAUGGCCCCAAACCACCGUCACCACUGCCGCCGCCUUCCCAGCAGGCCUUGCUGGAGUCACAGGAAAAUGGGACGGUUGUCAAGCCCUACGAGCCCAGCCUCCUGCCUGACAUAGAGGAAGAGGACCAGGGGAAGAUCUGUGUGGUCAUAGACCUGGAUGAGACCCUGGUGCACAGCUCGUUCAAGCCUAUUAGUAAUGCAGACUUCAUCGUGCCUGUGGAGAUAGAGGGGACCACACACCAGGUGUACGUGCUGAAGAGGCCGUACGUGGACGAGUUCCUGCAGAGGAUGGGAGAGUUGUUUGAAUGUGUGCUGUUUACAGCCAGUCUCGCAAAGUACGCAGACCCAGUGACGGACCUGCUGGAUCAUUGUGGUGUGUUCCGGACCCGGUUAUUCCGGGAGUCUUGUGUUUUCCACCAGGGCUGCUAUGUCAAAGAUUUGAGCCGCCUGGGCAGAGACCUCCACAAAACCCUCAUCCUGGACAACUCUCCUGCCUCCUACAUCUUCCACCCCAAUAAUGCUGUUCCCGUGGUGUCAUGGUUCGACGACGUGGACGACGCUGAGCUGCUCAACCUUCUGCCUGUGUUUGAAGAUCUUAGUCAAGCUGAUAAUGUUUACGAGCGGCUGGACCAGCUCCGUGGACAGUAAAGAAGAGCUCUCAGCGGACCCGCUCGGUCCGUGUCAGAGCUCCAGCUUGAAACUUCUCCAGCUACACUAGAACCUUUUUUUAUAUAUCUAGAAUAGAUACUAAGAGUUUCAGACGCUGUUCUCCAAGCCUCUGCACAAAAUCCUCUGUUUAGUAAAUCGUAUUAUCUCGGGGUUAAGGAAAUUCCAAGGCUGUAAAACACAAUGUGUGUUUGGCUAACUGAAAGUAUAGAUUGCAAUCUGAGGCCUUUCCUCUGCACCUCAGUGCUGACAUUAUUGACAACCACUAUCUGAAAGCACGAUGAGAAAGAGCGGAAAACAACAACCAAAGCAGUCCCAUCACAAUCACUCCGGUCAAUAUUAACGUGGUUCUUUUGCCAAAGCAGAAGCCUGCCUGCCCUGACUUGACUUUUGGACUUUGUUUUUUUUUAUUAUUGUGCCUUUAAGGAACAACAAGAAAAAAACAUCAGCUCUUUUUUAAAAUUUCCACCAGAUUUUAUACAUUUAUUGAUUUCUUUUUAUAGGUUGUUUUAUAAGGAAAUCUAUUUUUAAACAGUGAACACGGUUCCUCUAUGCAACCCAUGGACAGUACCUCCUGAGUAGCCAGUCAAUAACUGCAUUCAGCAGAUGUAAACAUUACUAUGUCGCCUUAUUUACCUGUAAGUGAGCAGCAAAACAAAGUGUAUUUUACAUAAUUGUACUAUAAAAAUGACUUCUAGACAACAGAUAUACAUCAUUAGAGGUCAGGUUCGAUAUGUUGUAAGUAAACAGGGUGAAAUCUUGUCUUUGAUGCUCCGUUGAAAGCAGACACACUGGAUUAUGUUGGCACAUAGGACGAACAGAAAUGCCACAGUUUUCAGUCAAGGUUUUUUAAUAAUGGUUCAUUUUGUUUUCUUUUAUUACUAUAUGACAAAAAACUUGCACUUGUUUUUUAUUGACAGUGCUGAAAGUAAAAAAACUGUGCCUUUUGAAAUUCGGACAGAGAAUGGUGUUCUGCCUGAAAAGAGAUUUGUAGGCCUACACAGUCUGAUGUGUCAUGCUGAGCGUGAGUAAACACUGUCAAGAGCAAGUGUAAUGCCAUGUGGCUGUGGUACUUGCAGUGCAACACUUGAAAAAUAUCAAAUUUGAUUUUUUUAAGCAUGUGUGAGCGUUUUUUCUGUAUUUAUUGGCCAAAAACUUGGAUUGUCCAGUACUUCUUACUGCUUAACAUUUUGUAUUGUAAUCCAUUUGCCUACUUUGAGGCUGGCCUUGUGUUUAACUGUUUUAUCUGUGCCUCAAUUUGCUGUCAGAGCUCAUGGAUAAUCCCAAAAAAAAUGUCAGCAGUUAAAUCACAUACAUGUAAAUCCAAAAUUCAAUCGUGCAAGUUGUCAUUUUUCUUUUAAAUUCAGUACUUUUGAUAUGUUGUCGGGGUUUAUGUCUGGGUAAUGUUUUUUCUAUGAUGUUUUAAUGUCUGAUGCAAUUAUUGCCUGCAUGUUAACAAGUCAAAUAUGACAAUGAAAAUGUACCAGUUGUGAUGACCAAAAGUAUUUGUUUAAACAGUCACAAUUUGUCUUUGUGUAUCAAAAUAAAUCCCAAACUCAUUUUGUCUACCUGAGCUGACCAAAACUCUAAAAGACAAGGUGCUACCAGUUUUUAUUUUGUAAUAAAAAUUGGUUAUGAUAAA